AUGUCGGAUGCUCCUGGACUACCCAGCCCUACGCUUCUUGUUGGCCCUAUUCUUGUCGGUGCUCUGGCCUCAUUCUUGUUGUUUGGGGCGUUCGUCGUUCAAGCGUUUCAUUACUGGUCCACCCUUACCCCCGAUGACCGUAAGAAGCUGCCUAUCUUCGUCGGCUUCAUCGCUGUCAUCGAGAUCGUCAACAUCGCGUUUAUAUUCGAUAGCGCGUGGCAUGGUCUUGUUGAGUCUCUUAUUGACCCGUCCGCCAUGACCAGACCCCCAGCGACGGGGCCGAUUCUCCAGAUGUUGAGCGGGCUAGUCGCCGCUUCGGUGCAGACCUUCUUCGCCUGGAGAGUCUCAGUUUUGGCUUCCAACAUCUGGGAGAAAGGCGUAGCGGCGCUUAUUGCACUCUUCGCCGCUGCCGAACUUAUGCUCGCCAUCACCGUGGGCGCGCAGUUCAUCAUGUUGAAUCGGGAUGGGUCACUUAUCCAGAAGAUCGGUACAACAAUCGGAUUGCAGUUGGGUGCUGCUCUCAUCUGUGACUUCCUCAUUACCAUAUCCAUGGUCGCCUUGCUUUCGAGGUACAAGGGACGUAUCGCCAUUGCCGAAACGAAGAGCGUUCUCAACUCGAUUACGCUUAAUGUCAUUGAGAACGGCCUCAUCACAACCGUCUUUGCCUCCCUCAACCUCGCGUUCUUCUUCGCCAGGCCUGGUGACCAAAUCCAUCUUGCUUUCCAUUACGUUAUUGGUAGGCUCUACGCCAAUGUCCUCCUCGCCAGCUUGAACAGUCGAAGACGACUCCACAACUCCCAACGUGGUGCAACCACCCACUCUACCUCCCAUGGCGGAGCCAUCAAAUUAACAGCUCGAACGUUAGAGCAGCCGCACAUUAUCUCGACUGACGCGAAGUCGGGUAUGUUGACGUCUUCAUCGGAGACGCAAUUCACUAAACCACACACCCUCGGAGAUUUGGACCUCGAGGAGCGAGGCGAAGGACCGAGUCCAAACUCGAACAUGUUGGUCUCAAUCUCCAAGGAGGUGUUUGUGGAAAAUUAG